AUGUGUAACAAGAAAUUAGGCACGCCUUACGACAGAUGCCAGAGUGUCUUCGAAGGAGCGGUUGCAGAUUGUAAAGCGAAAUUGGGACCGAUCCUAGGGACCGUUUGCAACAUAACUUAUAUAGUCAGUGCACUCUGCUACGUAGUGAAACCGUUAGACUUUAUUUGCAUGCUCGUCUCUUAUAUAGCUGAUACCGUAGUGGGUGUCGUACGCAAUAAAAUUAAGCAGUUUACGAUGCAUGUGAAAGCUAUGUUCUACGUGAAAGUUAAAUUCUCUCAUUCGUUUCAUUUUGAGACGAACCAAAGUAAAACGAUAGAAGAAGUUUCCUCGGGUAUUGCUACAGAAAUACGAUCGAGGAGUGAUAAACUCUUCGGGUUCUUCGACUUGGUCAGCUUCGUCACGUCAUUUUUCGUUUUCUUCAUUGUACUCAGCAAUGUUAGAAACGAGAAUUGCACUUUUAAGGUCGAACGACCAAGCGUGGUGACCAUCCACGUAUCAGGAGAAGGAUAUCUGUCUGAACUUUAUACAAGUAUCGUAAAAGCGUUCACGCCUGGCGGGAAAGAAGCAGAAAUCGACACGAUGUUAUGUCUUCCUGAUCCGAUACCCCCUGAUACAGAUAAAUACGUUCAGAUCAUUGUCUUGAUAUUUUUCUGUUGGUCCAUGGCAUUUUUUGAACCAUACGGUUUGAGAUUGAGGCACAUCGUCAUGUCUCAGUAUUAUCCUGACAGGGCGAAGCAGAGAGCAGCUUGGUUGUACAAUCACAUUCUUAGAACGAGAGGGAGCUUUUUAAAAUUCGCCAGACGUCAGCUACGUCGGAAAUUCGGUCUAAUCAAAAGCGAAAAAACAGAAAAAGUAACUUUGAAGGAACGAUUGUGGGCAAUGUUCCCUUUUUUGAAUACCCUGUUCCCAUUGAAACAAAACGUUUGCCUUCUGUGCGGCGCAGUCGAACGUUCUGCGGAUAAUCCACAUAUUCGAUGUCCGACCCCUGGAUGCAUUGGAUUAUUCUGCGCACAGUGCUUCGCAGAUUUGCAGAAUUUAUGUACCAUAUGUCGGGCACCGAUGGAAUACGGCGACUUGUCCGAUAUGAGUGAGGAAAAGGACUCCUCGGAUGAUCAAUAUGAAAUACCAGUAAUAAAACCUGAAAUAAAAAAAGAAAAAGAAUUGGAAGUUAAGAAGGAAGAAGAAGAGGAAAGAGUAGAAGAAGAAGAAGUAGAAGACGAGGACGAAGACGAAGAAGAAGAUGACCGAAUAGAAGAUGAAGAAACAGAAGAAAAAUUGGAAGUUAAGGAAAGGGAAGAAAAGGAAAGAGUAGAAAGAGUGAAAGAAAAGAUUGAGGAAGAAGAGACAGUAGAAGAGAUCGAAAAAGACAUAGCUGAACAGACGGAAGACAAAUAUUUGAAAGAUUUAGACAGAAGUACCGAUUCUACUCUCAGUUACACGUAUCAAGAGGAAUCUCCAGAGGAAGUGGAAAUUGUGAAACGGCGAAAAUCGUUCAAAGACGUGGAAGCGCAGAAGAUUAGAGACGACGUAACAAUUCAAAUAUUUAACGAGCCAUUCAUAAGGGCUCCAUGCUCUAGCAGCGACUCGCCGACAUCAGGUUUCGUCGUCAGAGCGCGUAGAAAAAUUCGCGGCAAAUUGAAAAGUCGACCAUGUAGCACAGCAAAAGAUUCAGAUUCAUCGACUUCGAUAGCUGACACGGAAUCCUACUCGACCGAAGAUCUCGAUGAAGAAGAAAUAAUACACAUCGAGGUUGGCGACAGCUCGGAAGAAUUACUUCCAAGGAGUCGGAAGGAUAAACAGAAACUAAGUCGUAUAAAUAGAAUUGUCAAUGCGGUUGCAAGAAUUCCAUGGCUCGGUAAAGAAGAACAUGAUGACGCCUGUAGGGGAUUGCCAAAGAAGCGUCCGUCUCUUAUGAAUAGAAUUGUCAGUAUGCUUCAAAGAAAACAAUCAUUACCUGCACAAACGUAUAGAAGCAGAAAAACGAGGGAUUUCUCAUCAUCUUCAUGUUCGUGUGACGAUGAGGACGAAACUUUGUUAAAGACGCGAGAUAGACAUUACUUCACUAGAAGGUCUCGGAAGGCGGAAGUGGACUAUGAGUUGGACGAAAAUUUGAUUCCAUGCGAUAGAAGAUUCAUUACAAAACCAUUACCGAGGUAAUGCUGCAACGAUUUUGAUUAAAUCACAUCAUUUAUGAGCGUAAUCGGUUUAAAUAA